GCAAUUUUGUUUUCAGUUUGGUUUGACACGUGUUUUUUGAAGUAGUAAAAUGUUUGUCCUUGCAGAAUUCAAAGAUGUUGUGAAAAUCCCACCCUGGAAAUUUAAAAGGAAAUUCAAUGAUGCAAUAACGGAUGAGUUGAACCACAAACUUGCUAAUAAAGUAUUUUUAAAUGUAGGAUUAUGUAUAGCUUUAUAUGAUAUUACCAAAAUCGAGGAAUCAUACAUUUUUCCUGGUGAUGGAUCAUCCCACACAAAAGUGGUUUUCCGAUAUAUUGUCUUCAGGCCAUUUAUGGAAGAAAUUCUUAUUGGAAAAAUUCGUAGCUGCAGUGCAGAUGGGGUGCAUGUAACUUUGGGAUUUUUUGAAGACAUUAUAAUACCUCCACACAAGCUCCAAAAUCCCUCAAGGUUUGAUCAAACAGAACAAGCGUGGGUUUGGGAGUAUGAUACUGGAGACGGUGAGAAGCAUGAUCUUUUUAUGGAUGCAGGUGAACCUAUAAGAUUUAGAGUAGUUAGUGAAACUUUUAUGGAAACAUUACCAAUAUCUGGGCCAACCGGAAGCAAAGAAGUGGAAAAACCUGAAAAUAAAUCAGUCUCACCUUAUGUUCUCAACGGUGCGAUUGAUGAGCCAGGUCUAGGUCUUUUAUCUUGGUGGGAAAAUACUUGAAUAUUUUGUAUGUAAGUUAAAAAUAAAGAUUAUUUUUGAUCAUUUUUAAAAAUUA